GUGGGUAGCAACAGUUGCCCCGGUGAGGACGAGGCGCCAUAGUCACGGUAGUCGUGGCGACAAGAACCCAGCAACGAGAAUCAACAACAACAAUUUGAGCUAUUAAGAAAAUAAAACUCGGCACCAAACUAAGAUCAUCCGGCGGGAAGCGAAAGAGGGAUUUGUGCUGUUGUCGUCAUGGCAACUUCAGGCUACCCCGCCGAGGAGCUCCCGCCCUCCCAAGCGCAAGGGGGCAGCGUCACGGCCUCGUCGAGCCAGCAGAAAACCCCUUCCACCGCCACCACCCAGUUCCUCUCCGACAUCCAGAGCUCGCCGGGCUCCGGUCCCUCACAGGCGGCCUCCAUCGUGAGAGCGCAGGCCACGCCCCCCGUCGGUCAGAAGAAAGCGGUUCUGGCCACGCCCCCUCAAGGAGCGGCGACGGCGGCGCAGUACGUGGCAGGAGAGAUACAAAGCUCCGCCUCCCAGGCGGGAACCGGCCAGAACGCCCAGCAGUACAUAGUGGUGACCGUCACCGAGGGCUCACGUCACUCGAAUGACUCCGAAUCGAAUUCUCCUCCUGCAGGACAGACUGGUGUUCCCACACAGGUAGUGCAGCAGGUGCAGACGGCACAGCAGAGGUCUGUGGUUCAGGCAGCAUCCAAGAGCGGACAACUGGGGGUCGGUAAUCUACACAUCACACCGGAGGUCCCUGUCCAGCAUGUUUACCCGAGCCAGUUUGUGGAGGGAGACGCCAACUACAACAAUACUGCAAUUCGUUCCGGUAGCUACCAGUUCACAGACCCCUCCCUCUACUCUCAGGCCACGCCCACUGUCACUUACUAUGAGACGUCGCCCACCACCGGCUCACUGGUCACGUCCCCCUCCAGCACCCAGCCGGUGUCUGUGACGUCCGGGACGGGCACAGGGGUGGUCUCCAUGUUCUCAGAGGGCAGCCCGGGGAUCACCGUGGUGGCAGGCGGGUCCUCGUCAGGAGUGGGCGGGUCAGGGGGCGUGGUUGCCAGCGGAGCGGCGGGAAGCUAUGUGAUUCAGGGAGGGUACAUGCUCGGUGGAGCCGGAGGAGGGAACCAAAAUUUCUCACACAACACACGUGCAUCACCCGCAACUGUGCAGUGGCUGAUGGAUAACUAUGAGACAGCUGAAGGUGUGAGUCUUCCUCGCUGUACUCUUUACUGUCACUACCUCCUGCACUGCCAGCAGACCAAGCUGGAGCCUGUGAACGCCGCCUCCUUUGGCAAACUCAUCCGCUCCGUGUUCAUGGGCCUCAGGACCCGACGUCUCGGCACCAGAGGGAACUCUAAGUACCAUUACUAUGGCCUUCGAAUCAAGAGCAACUCCCCUCUGCACAGACUGGUGGAGGACCAGCAACACCUGGCCAUGAGACAACAGCCGUACUCACAGAAACAGAGGAUAAAGCCUGUGCAGAAGGUGGAGGGACUAACCAAUGGAAUGGGCCUGGGGGUGGGGCAUCAGCAAGGGGCGGGGCUUUCCGACAUUAGUGCCCAGGUUCACCAGUAUCAGCAGUUUUUAGAUGCAUCUCGCAGUCUGCCGGAGUUCCCUGAUCUCAAAGAUGAGGGUAAGCCUCUGCCCGACGGACUCCAUGCUCAACAUGUACACACAUAUCAGAUGAUCUACAGGGAGCACUGCGAGGCAAUUCUGGACGUGAUGGUAAACCUGCAGUUCCCUCUCGUGGAGACGCUUUGGAAGAGUUUCUGGAGGUUCAGUGAAGGACAAAGCAGUGACACGGAUUCACUCGACCUUCAUGACGAAUCAGAGAAGCGUUUGCCCAAAUCAGUUCUGGUUCUGUUGUGUAAAUAUGAGCCCGUCCUCAACUGGGCCCUCGAGUGCGACAAUUUACUGUACCAAAGCCUAGUGGAGAUCCUCAUCCCUGAUGUCCUGAGACCAAUCCCCAGUGCCUUAACUCAAGCCAUCCGUAACUUUGCUAAGAGUCUGGAGAACUGGCUGACCAACGCCAUGAUCAACAUCCCGGAGGAGAUGGUCCGCAUCAAGAUCGUGUGUGCGGGAGCGUUUGCUCAGACUCUGCGGCGCUACACAUCACUCAAUCAUCUGGCUCAGGCGGCCCGGGCCGUCCUGCAGAACACGGCUCAGAUCACACAGAUGCUCAGCGACCUCAACCGCGUCGACUUCACCAACGUACAGGAGCAGGCCUCGUGGGUGUGUGGCUGUGAAGAUGGUGUGGUCCAGCGGUUGGAGCAGGACUUUAAACUCACCCUGCAGCAGCAGAACUCUCUGGAGCAGUGGGCUACAUGGCUGGAUGGGGUCGUCUCACAGGUCCUGAAGCCGUACACCGGCAGCCCGGCCUUCCCCAAAGCGGCCAAACUCUUCCUGCUCAAAUGGAGCUUCUACAGUUCUGUGGUGAUCAGAGAUCUGACCCUGCGUAGCGCGGCCAGUUUCGGCUCGUUUCAUCUAAUCAGGCUGCUGUAUGACGAGUACAUGUAUUACCUGAUCGAGCACAGAGUCGCAGAGGCCAAAGGAGAGACGCCCAUCUCUGUUAUGGGAGAGUUCGCCUGUCUCAACAGAAGUCAAAGGUCAUUGGAUCCUGAUAAAGAUGAGGAGGAUGAGGAGGAGGACGAUGAGACCGAUGAGGAUCAGGACAUGGCCAUUCCUGUGGUGGUGGGGGAGGAGUCACUGGAGCCGCCCACCAAACUCGCCCGAACGGAGCUCUACAGCAACAGCAGCAGCAGCACGCCGAACUGAAUUCAGUUUAUUCACACUGACUCUGUGUGCUGAGCUCAUCUCUCUACGAUUGACAUACAAUCUUCAGUUUUGCUGAUUUAAGUUCGGUUCAGUUCGUUUUCUGUCGACACAGAGAAACUGAGCGAUCAUUUGCGUUUCCUGGGGUGAAUCGGCCCUCAGAGCUGCUCUAUGAUCUAAUGAAGCUUUUCUAGAAAACGGUAACAUUCGUAUGCCUUAAGUGCACGAACACACACAUUUUCAUUGCCUUCUGUUGUCGAUCAAAGCUGCCAUGUGUGUCAUAUCUCGACUCUUAAAGUGACAGUACAUCAAAACUACUUUUCUUACUUACAUUUUUUUGUCUUGUUUCCAGCCAAAACAGGAAACAAGAUUAUUUUGCUUACCCCAUUGGCGGGAAUAUUUAGCUUGUUAUAAUGACUUAAUCAUUUUUACUUUUUGAUUUAAAGUGCCCCUAUGACGGAUUGUUAAAAACGAUCGUUCGCUCAGUGUGCAACACGGCUUGCAAGUUUUUAAAUGUGAAAGCGAAUGAAGUUAUUGUCUCUUAAAAGAAAGAAUAGACUCUGAAUCGUUGGAAUAAAACAUUUUAAAGGGAAUCUCAAGCCGUUUCAUGUUGACGUCAACAUGAAAUAUUAGCAUAUUGCCCGCCCACUUGAAAUGAAAAUAGUGUAAAAUAGCGGUUUCCCUGGUAACGCUGUACACAAAGCAGCACGGUACUCACAAAUGCUACUUUCGUCAUGAAAUGGAAACAAAAUCAAAGAAUCAGGUUUGGAAAAGCGAUUGGACUGAUUGAGCCAGUAAGGUCAAAAUAAAUGCAUAUUAUAUCACAAAGAAGGUGUUUUUUGACCUUGAAUGCAUGUUUUCAGCCUGUUUUCAGAGACACUCAAAAUACCAUCCUUUCAUUACCCAUAAUAGGUGCACUUUUCAGAAUUUCUUGAAUGUUAUGAUAUUUUUGGCUGGAGUCGAGACAAAAAAUCUAAAUCAAGAAACGCACGUUUUGCAGCGUAGCCGUUCCAAAUGCAUCUCCAAAAAAGUAUGUUCCACAGAAGAAGGUUAUUUAAUGAGGGGCUAAUUUAUAAAGAUCGUUUUGGAGUGAACUGUCGCUUUAAGAGUCCUGUUUUGAUGAACCUCCACCUGCUUCAUGCUGCCAUAGAAAUCAUCGUUUGCCAAAGCCAAUCAUACUUCACCUAGGCCCAUUCCUCAUUAAUAUUCAUGAGUGCGGUCGUUUAAGGUGUAGCUGAAAAGUACAGCGGCAGAUUUUGCCUUUCACAGCUGUAACGCCACAUCCUUCCAUGCUUUGACUUUUUCUUUCUUUUAUUUUUUAAAUAAUAAUGAAAAUUAUAUAUACAAGUGUUGUGCUUUAAUCAGCUGUUUAUCUUUGAUGCUUUAUGAUUUGAGUCUGAUGCUAAUGGAUCAAACGUGCCUUCAGACGAUUAUUCAACCUAAAGAUCCAUGAACGUAUAAAUAAAUUUCAGAAACGAGAAUGCUUUUUAUAUAUAUAUAUAUAUAUAUAUAUAUAUAUAUAUAUAUAUAUAUAUAUAUAUAUAUAUAUAUAUAUGAAAUCUAAUCAGUAAAACAAGCAGAAUCAAUUUCAUGCAUAUUUUAAAAAACACUUUCAGUUGCCAAGUUUGGUUGAGACGAAUGAGAUUCGGUGUUUUAUCAUCCACUUCGCUAAAUUAAACGAAAGCUUCUUGUGUUCAUCUGUCGUUUUUUUCCCCCUCAUUUCGCACGAAUCACUCAUUCUAUAUCCACACAAAUGUAGCGAGCACAAACGAUUCAACCAACGUUGAAUGCAUUAGAGAUGUUUUGUGAUUGGACGCUCCGGUGCAGUUCAUGAAUAUUCUGUAGCUAAUUAUGGCGGUUUUUGACAGCCAAUCAGCAGCUAGUGUGCUACUCUCCAGUGGUUAUAGAGCCAAACCAGAACGUGUUGGACAAUUAAGUUUUCAUUUAAAAAAAAGAAAAAAUAUGCUAGUGAUGAUUAUGAAUACUAAAGUAACAGUUUAGCACAGGUUUAUAUUGUUUUUAAAUAUAUAUAUAUAUAUAUAUGUUUCUUUAAUUGUACUAUAAGAGUUGCUGCAAAUGCUGAUUUUAGUUGUGUGAAAAUUUUCCUGUGUGCGAUUAUGCUAAAGUAUGAUAUAGUUUUAUGAUCUUGUACUGUUGAAACCAUAAUGGCCUUAUUUGAAGUGUACCCGUAGCAGAGAUCCAUGUAAAAAUCUGUAUUAUCGUGCCUCAAAGUUCAGUGUCCCUUUAAAAAAAAAAAAAAAAAGAAAGCUUUUAAGAAAAUUA